GCUGGAGUCCCGGGAUACGGAGGAAGGGAGCAACUAGCUGUAUGUGUGAGCGACUGAGGGUUCCAGGGGCCGGGCUGUAUGGAGCAGUUAGCACCUGGGCACCGUGUACGGCAGAGUCGGUCUGUAGUUGGCAGUGACCUGUGGAUGCGUGCCUGGGAUGAGUGAACCUGACUAGUCAGUCCUGUGAGGCUGGGUGGGAUUUUGCACAGAGUAGUGAGGGAGUAGAAAUUACCGUAUUAUGUGCAGGUCACACAAAGUAAAUGGCAUGGCAUACUGCCUACUUAUCCUGAGAGUCACUGGACCCAAAAGUUAACUUUUACACUAAAAAGCCCUGGUCUGUACAGGGCCUAAAAUAAGGGGGUCUAAUGGUACCCCGAAUAUCUAUCCAACUCCCAGCUACUGUCCAGCAGGUCAAGUCAUUGUCGACGCUAAAGCCUUCCUCUCUGCAGGAAGGAGCACAUUUUCAGCCUGGAGUAAGUGAAGGGAGCUGGAAAACUCAAUCAAAUCCCGAGCAAUAGAGCACAAGGUAAGUCCUGCUUAUCUGCCAGGCAGGGCGUGGAGGCCAUGACAGAUGUAAGACCCUCAUCUGUCUUAAGGAUAAGUACUUGUUUGCAGAAAAGGAUUAACGGGAACUGGGGGUUUCUUGGGGAGGGAAGCAGAGUCCUCAAUAAAGUACAGCUUGAGAUACAAAGAGAGGUAGAGUUAAGAACUGACAACUCUUCUAGGCCUUGAUCAAAAGCUGUUGUAGAAAGCUCACAUUUGGGGACUUUGAAGAUAAGUCUGGAAGAUCUGUGGAGGAACAUCUGUGAGGAAAGAUCUGAAGGACCUCUGGAGGAAGGGAAUGAAAUUCAGAGGCUGAACAUUCAGCAAGUCCUCCCACCGGGAAGGUCAGCCACUCUUCCGAGGGCGGAGUUGGAAGGGAGGACCUUUGAGCCCACCCAACGUCCAAUUUCCUAAGCCCCUCUGCUCAAGGAUCCCACGGAACCCUGUGUGGAAGCGUCUUGUAUCCCACGGUGGACCGGUCACAAGACACGCGAAGAAAGACACCGGAAGUGGAGGCUCCUCGAUGGCGUAGAGCUGCGCGUUUCUAAUAGGGACCCGCGGAUAGACUGCAAGAUAGUAGGUAGCUGGCUAAACACAUCGCAGCCACCUUUAACGGGACCCGUGGGCUGACGGUGAUUAGAUUUUACAGACAGGUCCAAGUCCAACGGACCGCUCUUGCCUGAAACGGAAGGCCCUGGGAGGACUGGUGAUUGGACGCGGAGCCGGAAGCGGAAGCCAGAAACCGGUAGCGGUGUAUGCUGGCGCCAGCGAUGGCUGAAGUCGCUGCUGAAUCUCUCGCGGGCGGCAGGGCGCGGGCGGCGCGCACAGUGCUAAAUCAGGUAGUGCUCCCGGGUGAGGAACUGCUCCUGCCCGAGCAGGAAGACGCAGAAGGCCCUGGCGGUGGAGGGGAGCGACCGUUGCGCUUGAAUGCUGGAGUGCGCUCGCGGGUGCGCGUAGUGUGCGGCCCGGGCUUGCGGCGCUGCGGGGACCGCCUGCUGGUCACCAAGUGCGGCCGUCUGCGUCACAAGGAGCCCGGCAGUGGCAGUGGCAGCGGCGGUGGCGUUUACUGGGUGGAUUCGCAGCAGAAACGGUAUGUUCCAGUGAAAGGAGACCAUGUGAUUGGCAUAGUGACAGCUAAAUCUGGAGAUAUAUUCAAAGUUGAUGUUGGAGGGAGUGAGCCAGCUUCUUUGUCUUACUUGGCAUUUGAAGGGGCAACUAAAAGAAACAGACCAAAUGUGCAGGUUGGAGAUCUCAUCUAUGGCCAAUUUGUGGUUGCUAAUAAGGAUAUGGAACCAGAGAUGGUCUGUAUUGACAGCUGUGGACGAGCCAAUGGAAUGGGUGUGAUUGGACACGAUGGUCUGCUUUUUAAAGUGACAUUGGGCCUAAUUAGAAAGCUAUUAGCUCCAGACUGUGAAAUCAUACAGGAAGUGGGAAAACUGUAUCCACUGGAGAUAGUGUUUGGCAUGAAUGGAAGAAUAUGGGUUAAGGCAAAAACCAUUCAACAGACUUUAAUUUUGGCAAACAUUUUGGAAGCUUGUGAACACAUGACAACAGAUCAAAGAAAACAAAUCUUCUCCAGAUUGGCAGAAAGUUGAUACAUGUGUACUUUUUUAAUGGGUCAGCUGAGCCAAGAAACUGGGUUUCCUGGAGAAACUUUUUUCAGGUGAGCUUCUCCCUUUUAAAUCUUCAGAAGACAAAAUAUGGAUGUGCAUGCUGUCUUAUUAGAGUCCUAAAUAUUUUUGUAAGUUGCUAGUUUUCACACAUGCUCUCGUGGGAGAGAAGAUCAUUACAAAGUCACGAUGUAUCUUUUUUUUCUGUACAAUAAAGUUUACUAAAAAGUUA